UGCUGCAACGAUAAAGAUAUGAGUACAACUAUAUUUCUAACGACAGCGGAGAAUGGACUGCGACACGAUAAAAUUGUUAUACUCGAUGCUGGUGCACAGUAUGGCAAGGUCAUCGAUCGCAAGGUGCGCGAGCUUUUGGUAGAAUCGGACAUUCUGCCAUUGGAUACGCCAGCGUCGACGAUACGCGAUAAUGGCUAUCGGGGCAUCAUCAUCUCCGGUGGGCCCAAUUCAGUAUAUGCUGAAGAUGCGCCCACGUAUGAUCCCGAUCUGUUUAAACUGAAAAUCCCUAUGCUGGGCAUCUGCUAUGGCAUGCAGUUAAUCAACAAAGAGUUCGGCGGCACCGUGCUCAAGACCGACGUGCGCGAGGAUGGCCAGCAAAAUAUUGAAAUUGAAACAUCGUGCCCGUUGUUUAGUCGCCUUAGUCGCACACAGUCCGUGCUGCUCACCCAUGGCGAUAGCGUGGAGUGCGUGGGCGAGAAACUUAAAGUCGGUGGCUGGUCAACGAAUCGCAUUGUGACAGCCAUUUAUAACGAGAUCUUGCGAAUCUAUGGCGUACAAUUUCAUCCCGAAGUCGAUCUAACCAUCAAUGGCAAACAAAUGCUAUCAAACUUUCUGUACGAAAUAUGCGAGCUAACGCCAAACUUUACCAUGGGCAGUCGAAAAGAGGAAUGCAUACGCUAUAUACGCGAAAAAGUGGGCAAUAACAAAGUCUUGUUGCUGGUCAGCGGCGGCGUUGAUUCGAGUGUGUGUGCCGCAUUACUGCGACGUGCGCUGCAUCCAAGCCAAAUCAUAGCAGUGCAUGUGGAUAAUGGUUUCAUGCGCAAGAACGAAAGCGAAAAGGUGGAGCGUUCGUUGCGAGAUAUUGGCAUUGAUUUGAUAGUGCGUAAGGAAGGCUACACGUUCCUCAAGGGCACCACGCAAGUGAAGCGACCCGGCCAGUAUUCUGUUGUUGAAACGCCCAUGUUAUGUCAGACCUAUAAUCCGGAAGAGAAGCGUAAAAUCAUUGGUGAUAUAUUUGUAAAAGUGACCAAUGAUGUGGUCGCCGAAUUGAAACUAAAACCCGAGGAGGUACUGCUGGCGCAGGGCACACUGCGACCCGAUCUGAUUGAAUCUGCAUCCAAUAUGGUCAGCACGAAUGCCGAAACAAUCAAGACGCAUCACAAUGACACGGAUCUGAUUCGGGAGCUGCGUAAUGCUGGACGCGUCGUAGAACCAUUAUGUGACUUUCACAAGGACGAGGUGCGUGAUCUAGGCAAUGAUCUGGGCCUGCCAGCGGAAUUGGUCGAACGACAGCCUUUUCCCGGACCUGGACUAGCCAUACGCGUGCUAUGCGCGGAGGAAGCCUAUAUGGAAAAGGAUUACUCAGAGACACAGGUCAUUGUGCGCGUUAUUGUGGACUACAAGAAUAAACUGCAAAAGAACCAUGCGCUUAUUAAUCGUGUGACGGGCGCCACCAGUGAAAUCGAGCAAAAGGAACUGCUGCGCAUCUCUGCCAAUUCGGAUAUACAGGCAACAUUGUUGCCGGUACGAUCGGUGGGUGUGCAGGGUGAUAAGCGCACCUAUAGCUAUGUAGUGGGCUUGUCAACGACGAGCCCGGAGCCCAACUGGCAGGAUAUGCUAUUUUUGGCCAAAAUAAUACCGCGCAUAUUGCAUAAUGUUAACCGUGUCUGUUAUAUCUUUGGCGAGCCCGUGCAGUAUCUAAUUACGGAUAUAACGCACACAACGCUCAACACUGUGGUACUGGCCCAGCUCCGGCAAGCGGAUGCCAUAGCCAAUGAGAUUAUUAUGCAAGCGGGUCUGUAUCGGAAAAUCUCACAAAUGCCCGUAGUUCUGAUACCCGUACACUUUGAUCGUGAUCCCAUUAAUCGUACGCCCUCCUGCAGAAGAUCUGUUGUGUUGCGUCCAUUUAUAACGAACGAUUUUAUGACUGGUGUGCCAGCUGUGCCCGGCUCUGCUCAACUGCCAUUGCAAGUUCUAAAUCAAAUAGUGCGCGAUAUAUCGAAAUUGGAUGGAAUCUCGAGGGUGCUGUACGACUUGACAGCCAAGCCGCCCGGUACCACCGAGUGGGAAUGAUGCGUUCGAAACCAAAACCUUUAACAGCCAUUUCAAUAGCAAUAGAGAUAUGUAGAAACAAUAAACUACUACUGCAUGGUAAUUAACAAAGAGACGCAUGAGACAAUAGCAGAGAUGCCGCCUGCUGCUCAUCCAAAAAUCCUGGGACAGCUAACAGCUAUUAAGCAAAACUGAGAGCAACUGAGAGAAUAGAGAGAGAGAGAGAGAGGAGAGCGUAAAUACAAUUUAGAGUGCCGCUUUAACAAAACAAAACAAAACAAAAAAACAAA